CCCCCGCCCCAUGACGUCAGCCCUGGCCCGGAGCGCCCAGAGCCGCUGAAUCUUCAGUCUUAGCCCUGCGGAGCCGCGGAGGGAGGUGGGCUGCGAGCUCCGGACGAUGCGGCGGUCCCAGGAUGCUGCGGCGCCUGCUAGUGCCUCUGGUGGCGCUCCUCAGCCUGCGCCUCUGCCCCGGCACGCACGGCUCAGAACUACCCAAGCCUCCAGAGGUGUGGUUUAAAGCAGAAUUUUUCCAGCACUUCCUCUGCUGGCUGCCCAUCUCAAAUCAGUCUGAAAGCACCUACUAUGAGGUUCAGCUUGACUGGUAUGGAAGAAGCCCAUGGGAGUCCCUUCCCCACUGUAGCCAGGCCCCGGAAUUGUGCUGUGAUGUCACCAUGUACACUCUGCACCUGUACCGAAGCAAUGGUUACCGGGCUAAAGUCCGAACAGUGGAUGGCAGCCGAUUCUCCAACUGGACCUUGGCCAAUACCCGCUUCUCUGUGGAUGAUGUGACUCUGAAGGUUGACAGUGUGAAGCUAGAGAUGCAUGAGGGCUUCAUCUUCGGAAUGAUCCAGCUCCCCAGACCCCAGGUGGCCCCUCCAGGUGACACAUAUGAAAGCAUCUUCACUCACUUCCGCCAGUACGAGAUUGCCAUUCGCAGAGUGCCAGAAAGCUUUAAGUCAAGCCAGAUGGUAGACCAUGAAAACUUCACCCUCCCAAUCCCUGGAGAGGUGGGAAAGUUCUGUGUCAAAGUGAAGCCAUCUAUCGGCUCCCGAACCAACAAGGGGAUCUGGUCAGAGGAGCAGUGCAUUGCCCUCACCAAGCAGUAUUUCACCAUGACCAACCUUAGUAUCUUCUUCGCCCUCAUCUUGCUGCUCUGUGGACCCCUGGCUUACUGUCUGGUCCUCCACCUGUAUGUGCGGCGCCGAGGGACACUUCCCACUGCCCUGGUCUUCAAGAAACCCAGCCCCUCGAUCCUCAUCAGCAAGCCGCCCUACCCAGAGAUGCAGGACAUCAUUCACCCUCUACAUGUACAGACCUUCCUGAAGGUGUCUCCAGAGCACUUGAACCUGCAUGGCAGCAUGAACAGUGGCUUCGGCAGUGCCAAGCCAUCCCUGCAGAUGGAAGAGCCCCACUUCUUCCUCCCUACCCCUCACCCCCAGGCCUGUAGUGCUCUAGGAAAGGGGAAGCCCCCAGAUCUGCAAGGCAGCUGCAGUGAUGGUGGCAGCAGCGGUGGCAGCAGCAGCAGCAGCAGCAGCAGCAGCACAGACAGUGGGAUCUGCUUGCAGGAGCCCAGCCUGAACCCUGGCUCUGGGCCCCCUUGGAAGCAGAAGGCGGGGAGCACAAGUCAAGGCCAGGAUGACAGUGGCAUCAGCUUUGUCCGAAACUCUGAGGGGCAACCUGGGAGCACACAGGACAGUUCACUCUUGGGCCACAUAAAUCUCCUAGGGCCGGAGGCCCCUGCAGAAGAAGACCCAGAUACAGUGACCUUCCAGGGCUACCUGAAACAGACCAGAUGCACUGAAGAGAAGACAGCCAUAGCAGCCUGCUUGGAGGAAGACACUCCUUUGACAGAUGGCCUUUGCCCACAGUUCAGGACAUGCCUGGAUCCUGAGGCAGGCUGGCCUCCCCCAGCUCUGGCCAAGGGCUAUUUAAAGCAAGAUCCCUCAGGAAUAACUCUCGCUCCUGCAGGUGUCCCACCAGAGCAGUGUAAUCAGCUGAAUGAAGAGUGGCCACUGCUGGGCUUGACUAUUUUUGGUAAUCUGGGACCAUCUGACUGGAAUUUUGCUCAUGAUCUUGACCCUCAGGACUGUAUGGCGGCCCCAGAAGGCCUCUUGGGCAGCUUUGACUCAGACCUGGUCACCCAGCCUCAGAUCUCCAACCUGUACUCAAGUGAGUGACUUGAGCCAAGGGGCUGUUUUUUAUUUCAGCCAUUGCCUGAUCUCCCACUAAGAGCAGGAGGAGGUACCCAGGGGUCAGAAGAAGAUGCAGGCCAGUUUGAGCAUUUUAUGCAAGCCCUUGGGGUCAGUUGUAGCCUGUCUGCUAGGGCAGGUGCCACCGUCUUGAUGGAGUGGUGCAGGGGGCACAGAUGGUGCUGACCUGAUCUGCUGAGUGGGCCCUGCAGACCUUGGCAGAGCCAAGAAGAGCAAGGCAGAGACCUCCUCCCUCUUUGGGCCUUUUUUCUGUACCAUAAAGUAGUCUGUGCUCAAAGAACCACAGGAUUUUCUUGAGACAAGGUGAGGCUGUCAGGCUGAAGUCAGCUCAGAUGCCUUCUCCAGGUCAGCCGAGUGUCAGGGCCUUUGGCAGGUUGGAGGGCUAUGAAGUGGAGCUCCUGGGCCCCUGAGACUGCAAGAGUCAUUUUUAGAAGAGAGGGAGCAGAGCAGAGUUUGAUCUGAGGAGCGGUGGGUCACAGGGAGAUGCUCUGCCAACGGCGGUCUUCUUAGGCAGGAAACCCGUCACUGGAAGAGUUUCAAGUAUGUCUGUGCUGGCCUGGAAGUCAGACAGUUACUACAUCACUACAGACCCAAGGAGGGACAAAGGGACUGAGACCUAGGACACAGACCCUGCAGACUCUGCACUAAAAGAAGUGAACUCUGGAACCCAUCUGCCCAGAGCCAGCCUCCUUCUCGUGCCAAGGGCUGACAUCUAGGAGGAGUCCUUGGUAUUGUGCCUGGAUGACUGCCAGUCACUGGGCCUGGAGGGGCAGAUGUGGGCCUUACUUUCCUACUAUUCAUUUAGAGUCUCUUCAAACAAAGUCAGUUUACAGUCCCCAGGCAAGGAUACUAGGAGGGGUGACAUGCCUGUGGAUACCCUCCAGAGCCAUCCUUGGCUCUACAUUUCUCUGUGGCAUUCUAAAAUGGGCCUUCUGGCCCAGGAAUUGCCACCAUGACCUCUGCCACUCUGCCAAGAAGCUCAUGGUGCCAUUCUGAUAAUUCCCUCUGGAAAUGGGCCAAAGGGAGGAUUGCUCAGGGUUUCCUUGACAGUUUUAUUUAUUUGUUUUGCUCACUUAUUUAUUGAAGAGGCAGCAUAGUUCAGGAAAAGAAUUCUGGGUCUCUCAGGAACCCUGGAGUUCUAGUUUUGCAUUCACUCUUUCUAGUUGUAUGACAUUGGGCAAGUCACUUCUCUUGAGCCUCAGCUUCCUUGUCUGAAAAACUGGAAGAGAUGUUUGUUUUGUGGAAUUCAUAAUGACACAAAGAAAACGGAUGUGAAUGUGCCUUGAGCACAGAUCUCUCUGAAUGAGUGGUGUGUGUGUUUUUAAUUCCAGUAAAUCAUUAGAACCAGUGGGGAUCCUGUGAAACCACACAGAUUUCUCAUGAGGACUUGGUUGCUGAUAAUUGGGGAUGAUAUGGAAAAGAAUGUGUGAUGUUGCUUUAAGGAAACAAGUGAGGAUUCAGGCUCAGAUCAAACAGAUCCAGCUUCAAAAUCCUGUGCUAACACAUAUUGCUGUGACUGGAAAAAUUAUUCAACCUCUCAGAGUUUCUGAUUUCCCAUCGAUAAGGUAGAGAUGGUAGCUCCUCCUGGGCAUGUUGUAAGGUUAAGUGAGAUGGCCUAUACAAGCAUUUAACACAGUGCUGGGCAUGUGGUGCUUUAUGUGUAAACAGCUGGUGACCCUGUAAAAGAAAUAUACAGCUUUUCUUGAAAUAGAUGGAAAAUGAAAGAGAUAAGGAGUUUGCCGAAAACCAAAAAGGAAACAGUGGAAAGUACUGCAGUGUUUUGGAUGUGCACUCCGACAAUGGAAAGGAGACUACGUGAGGCCAGCCCUUCCAGGAAAAGGACAAACCAAACCUCCCUGGAGCCACACCUGCUUACCUCGCCCUGGAGGUGUGUCCUGGGUGGUUCUCAUAAGUGCGGAAGCCAGCUGUGACCUGCUCAGCCUGCUGCUUCCACGAAAAGCCACACGUGGGUUUGAAUCUCUCCUUAAGCUCAGCCCAGCAGCUUGAGCUAACCUAGGGCCUCUGGUUUGCUGCACUUUGGCUCAAUCUGAAUGCCUGAGCAGGUGACCAGGGACACCUCAUCUCUUUCCCCCUGUAGCAUCGCCAACAUGCCGCUCCCCUCUCACUAUGAGAAAGCGUGCAGUUCUGGAGAGACAACCGUGCUAACCCUCCAGAGAACUUGGCUAAUACCACACCAUCUUGGACUUGCUCAUUCCUAACUGGAGACCUUCUUGUUAGGAUUGAAGAGAUGCAGGUUACUUUCCUCUGGAAACAAGGUGUUGCUGAUGGCUUCUUCCCCAUGGAAGAGUUCCCUGGGGCAGGUGGGAUGAAACCUGACCAAGAAGUAGAUAUAAAGGUGCAGAUAAUAAGAAUUAUCCUCUGAAAAGGAACUGGAACUGAUUUGGUUGAAAGAGACAGCAUGUGGAGCAGCCUGCAGGACAGAGGGGAGGUGGGUGAUGCCAGCCUGUUCCCUUUGCUGGAAUGAAUGGGAGUCUGCUAGCUCCUUGCCUGGCCUUGAAGCUACUAUCUGAGUACAGGUCAGGGCCUGGGCUGUGGGAGACACUGACAGAGUUCUUCCGGGCAGCAAGGCUUCUCUGGAAUUUGUAUUAAAGUCCCCAACAGAA